GAUCCCGCGUGCGCGCGGCCGCGAGAACUACAAGGGGACCUUCGGAGUGAGUUCGUCCACGCUUUGAGAAGUAGGUUAGCAGGGUAGACUGGAAACCUUGCAAGAACCUUGGAACCUUGCAAGCCAAGCUAAACCACCGUGGGAGUAUUCUGUCAAGAAGUUACCGAAAUAGUGCAUCGAGACAAACAGGAAAACAUGCAACUUGAACUGUCGAAUUUCUUUGCAUUUAAUUAACUGUCGCAAGACUCUCCUCGCUGAUUUUUGCCUUAUUUUCUGAAAAAAUAUUUUCUAGUUCAUUAGGCUAAAGAAGUUUUUUUUUACGUGCCAGCAAACGCUGGUCUUUCAACAGUUUUACAGAUAUUUGUAUUCAAUUUACAACCCACAUGAAGUCAAAUUCAUUGAUCCAGAAACGAUAAAUAUUCAACAUGAGAGCUCAAAUAGAAGUAAUACCCUGCAAGAUCUGUGGGGACAAGUCCUCAGGUAUUCACUAUGGGGUCAUUACCUGCGAAGGUUGCAAGGGGUUCUUCCGCCGCAGCCAGCAGAACAACGCCAUGUACUCGUGUUCCCGCCAGAGAAACUGUCUUAUUGACCGAACCAACCGCAACCGCUGCCAACACUGCAGACUGCAGAAGUGUCUGGCUUUGGGCAUGAGCCGGGACGCGGUGAAGUUUGGCCGUAUGUCUAAGAAGCAGCGAGACAGCCUGUACUCAGAGGUUCAGAAGCACCAGAAGAACCAGGAGCUUCUGAACCAGGAGGUUGUGAACCAGGGGUGUCUGAACCAGGGUUUGUCCCUGACCAGGGAAGAUGUGGCAGGGGGAGACAGCGAGGGGGACAGGCACAGGGAGCUCAGUCACUCCUACAGCAGCGGCGGCUCCAGCUCCACCCUGAGUGACCUGGAUGACAUCCCCGACCUGUUUGACCUGCCCUUGACCCCGGAGGAGGCCCACAAGUACUGCAGCCUGGAGCUGCUGGGAGGCCACGGCGGAAGCACCGGGAACACCUCAAACUCUUCAUCAUUAUCAUCAUCCUCUAACAAUUCGUCCAAUCAGAACUCGCCGCAGCAGAAUCUGCUGGAUGUCACAGACGCCAAUGGAAUCAAACAUGAGUACCAGAUGUUGUCGCACACACAAGCCGCGCUGCUGGAGCCACUGGCCAAUGACUGCACUCUUAUGGAUAUAGAGCGUAUCACCCAGAGUGUGGUCAAGUCCCACUUGGAGACGAGUCAGUACAGUUCUGAAGACCUGAAGAGGCUGACAUACAGUGGGAUUCAGUACUCACCUGAGGAGACCCGCAACUUCCAGUGCAAGUCUGAAGAGUUUAUGUGGCAGCAGUGUGCCCACCACAUCACCAAUGCCAUCCAGUACGUGGUGGAGUUUGCCAAACGCAUCACUGGCUUCAUGGACCUGUGUCAGAACGACCAAAUAAUUCUGCUCAAAGCAGGCUGUCUGGAGGUGCUGUUGAUCAGGAUGUGCAGGGCGUUUAACGCUAACACCAACACCAUGUUCUUUGAUGGCAAGUUUGCCUCUGCCCAGCUCUUCAAAGCCCUCGGUUGCGAUGACCUGGUCAGUGCCGUGUUUGACUUGGCUAAAGGACUCUGCCGCCUGCAGCUAACCGAUGAGGAAAUGGCUCUGUUCAGCGCCGCUGUCCUUCUGUCCCCAGAGCGACCAUGGCUGACCGACAGCCAAAAGGUCCGGAAGCUGCAGGAGAAGCUCUUCCUGGCUCUGCAACACAGACUGCACAUGAGCGGGGCCUCCGACGAGAAACUAGACCAGAUGGUGUCCAAGCUGCUGAUGAUGAAGUCCAUCUGUAAUCUCCACGUCAACAAGCUGGAGUUCUUCCGUCUGGUUCACCCCGAGACCGCAUACAGCUUCCCACCACUCUAUCGGGAAGUGUUCGGGAGUGAGAUCUCUCUACCCGACUCUACAAACAGCUCCUAGAGAGAAAUAUGGAGUUAAGGCAGGUUAAGAAAAGUGUGGAGAUAUGGAAGCGAAAGGGGAGAUUGAGCGAGGGAUAUAAAUAUUGAACUCAGAAAUAACUAGCAGUUAACUAGACAAUCCAGGACUUAAAAUACUCAGUUUCCCAGCAUGCUGUGGCGUUAUUCCUCCACUAUCCUAGCAGGCCAUGCACCUUACACUACAGACUUCACCUUCAGGAUCCUUUUGUACCGUAGCACUCUGGACAAACUAAUGGGCAAUAUGCAUAUUCUACAGUGUGAACAUAGAUAAUUUAGCAUUAGAACAUCGAUGCUCCCCAACCCCGUCAUGAAUGUACCUCACUGACAACCACCAAUGCACCAGCCAGAACCACACACCGAAUGUACAGUGGGGCAAAAAAGUAUUUAGUCAGCCACCAAUUGUGCAAGUUCUCCCACUUAAAAAAAUAUGAGAGAGGCCUGUAAUUUUCAUCAUAGGUACACAUCAACUAUGACAGACAAAAUGAGGGGAAAAAAUCCAGGAAAUCACAUUGUAGAAUUUUUUUAUGAAUUUAUUUGCAACUUAUGGUGGAAAAUAAGUAUUUGGUCAAUAACAAAAGUUUAUCUCAAUACUUUGUUAUAUACCCUUUGUUGGCAAUGACAGAGGUCAAACAUUUUCUCUAAGUCUUCACAAGGUUUUCACACACUGUUGCUGGUAUUUUGGCCCAUUCCUCCAUGCAGAUCUCCUCUAGAGCAGUGAUGUUUUGGGGCUGUUGCUGGGCAACAUGUACUUUCAACUCCCUCCAAAGAUUUUCUAUGGGGUUGAGAUCUGGAGACUGGCUAGGCCACUCCAGGACCUUGAAAUGCUUCUUACGAAGCCACUCCUCCGUUGCCCGGGUGGUGUGUUUGGGAUCAUUGUCAUGCUGAAAGACCCAGCCACGUUUCAUCUUCAAUGCCCUUGCUGAUGGAAAUCUCACGAUACAUGGUCCCAUUCAUUCUUUCCUUUACACAGAUCAGUCGUCCUGGUCCCUUUGCAGAAAAACAGCCCCAAAGCAUGAUGUUUCCAUCCCCAUGCUUCACAGUAGGUAUGGUGUUCUUUGGAUGCAACUCAGCAUUCUUUGUCCUCCAAAGACGACGAGUUGAGUUUUUACCAAAAAGUUAUAUUUUGGUUUCAUCUGACCAUAAGACAUUCUCCCAAUCUUCUUCUGGAUCAUCCAAAUGUUCUCUAGCAAACUUCAGACGGGCCUGGACAUGUACUGGCUUAAGCAGGGGGACACGUCUGGCACUGCAGGAUUUGAGUCACUGGCGGUGUAGUGUGUUACUGAUGGUAGGCUUUGUUACUUUGAUUUCUUCAAACCAAGCUGCUUCCCUAUUGCAGAUUCAGUCUUCCCAGCCUGGUGCAGGUCUACAAUUUUGUUUCAGCUCUUUGGUCUUGGCUAUAGUGGAGUUUGGAGUGUGACUGAUUGAGGUUGUGGACAGGUGUCUUUUAUACUGAUAACAAGUUCAAACAGGUGCCAUUAAUACAGGUAACGAGUGGAGGACAGAGGAGCCUCUUAAAGAAGAAGUUACAGGUCUGUGAGCCAGAAAUCUUGCUUAUUUGUAGGUGACCAAAUACUUAUUUUCCACCAUAAUUUGCAAAUAAAUUCAUUAAAAAUCCUACAAUGUGAUUUUCUGGAUUUUUUUUUCAUUUUGUCUGUCAUAGUUGAAGUGUAAUUGCACAAUUGGUGGCUGACUAAAUAAUUUUUUGCCCCACUGUUCGUAUUAACACUCUGGGACAGUUUGACUGGUUGAAUUAGAAUCACUGUAAUGCUAUGGUUCUACUCAACAGACCUGGGGUUCUUUAAUUUAUAGUCCCAAAGACACAGUUCUCAGUGGUACCCAUAUGUAGACUGCAUGUAUGUUGGACAUGUAUGUACUCACCAGCCCUAAGAGACCAAGAUUAUCAUUCAGUUAUUCCUCUGUUACAAAUGAGGAUAUAAACAGGUAUGACAUGCCACACUACUUGGUCAUGGCCUUAUUGGUCAAUUAUUCUUUAUUGAUCGUCUCCCUACAGGUUUAUAGCAAACUCACAGAACUGACAGUGUUUGGUGCUGCCCUUUGUAGACUUAAAAAAUGCAAUGAGAAACCUCAGUCGCUCACCUUCUUCCCAUGAGAGAGAGAGAGAGAGAGAGAGAGAGAGAGAGAGAGAGAGAGAGAGAGAGAGAGAGAGAGAGAGAGAGAGAGAGAGAGAGAGAGAGUCUGGUUUCCAUGGCAACACCCACCCCCAUAGCAACCCAAUGGGGUUACGCAAUGUAUGUAAUUUAACCAUUUGGGAGGCUGAACACUCUUUGCAUAGUGAACACUGCCAAGGUAGGCAGUCCAAUCACACGAAGGCAAAGGAGGGUCUCUAGUAGAAUGGCCCAACAUUGUCAAUGAAACAGAUUCUUGCCUCAUGAGACCACGCUGGGUGAAAGAAACAGCAGAAGACAGAACAUAAGAAGAGACGAGGAUACUUUAUGAACUCUGAAUAACAAAGAGACUUGAGGAGAACAGCUCCUCUGUGAGAGUCCCUAACCAGCAACAUCCAGCCAAUAGGAAUAGUCUCCCAUUCACUGAUGCCUUGUCUUUGGGUUACAGUUAAAUUGUCUGUGUGUAAACUCUCUUUACUGGUUGGAUCAACUGUAUUAUUUUUGUACAUUGCUGUUUCCGUGUCAUCUACUCCUCCACCAAAUGUCAAAAAUCUUUCCUAUCCAGGAUCCCACUGGGUGAGCACAAGUCUAAGGCUGGACCCAGCUACCAGCUACCUGCCUGAGUUAGACAUCAUUUGUAUAAGGUUUAUGAGUCAGACAGGGCAUCUCUUAACCCUUUGAGGAGCAUGGACAAACAACAUAUCCUGAUUCUAUUUGUUCUUAUUGAACUGUAAAGUUCCACAACAGAAUACUGAGAAUAAGGUUCUAUGAACUCACUCCACAAAGGGCUAAAAGUGACUCGUAGCCACUCAGGGAGCUAGCUCUGUUCUGUCAUUCUCUCUCUACGAGCAGUGUCUUCUACUAGCAGUGUUUUCCUCUCACCUUGCAGCUAAGACAAGACCCAUAACCUUGAUCACUGUGUUCGUAAUCUUUGUUUGUGAAUGUUACUCACACAGUGUCAGAGAUCUUUCCCCUUUAUUCUCAAUAUUAUAACACAAUCUGAAUUUUACAAGACACAAUCUAAAAAAUAUACAUAUUUUUAGAACAUGUUAUUCUUGGGAUUUAAUGUUGCUUUUGUUGUGAGUGUUAUCUCUGUUGGUCUUUGAUCUUUUUCCCCCUGUUAUGUCAUCACAUUUUUGUCUUGUAAAAUUAAGUGGUCUAUUUUUUUUAAAGAAUUUUUUUUUUUUAAAAGACACUUUUUUCCCUCUCUAUUCCCCUUAAGACAAAAUGUACAAUAUGUAUAUUGUCAGUCAAAGAGUAAAUAAGUUACUCAGCUCAAUGUAUAUUCUUGUAUGUUGGGAUACUUUACAUGUGCUUUAAAGAAUAUAAUAAAAGUAUUUCUUUUGAA